AUGUCUGAACCAUAUCGAAAGCUUAGAAGAGUAACCCGGGGUAGCCACGAUACAGUGCAUCGUCCUCGUAGAAUAAUUUCAAAGCCCUCUAUAAAAUGUGAUGUAUGUUCGCUAACAUUUAAAUCAGAACUAUCAUUGAGGAGUCAUACUGAUUAUUACAAUGAUGUGGUUGAUCGUGUCUGUGAUAUAUGCCAGUUAGUAUGCAAAUCACGUAUUUUGUUAGCAGAUCACAAAAAACAAUCUGCUUGUAAGAUCAGUACUAGAAGCUCAUCAGGAUCAUGGAUUUGUAACUUUUGUAGACGAUCGUUUAAGCAUAAGUCAUAUUUACGGGCUCAUUUAUUUCAUCAUCAUGGAAAUUUGGUCUCUUCAUCUACAAAUGAAUCUGAUAAAACAAGCGAGGUUCUAUUGUCUGCGGGUACUAACAAUCACACGAUGGAUCUUCCUACGCAACAGACAGAAAAAACUCCAACUAGCUCACCAAGAACGAUGCGACAGACAACUAUGACCGAAUUCUUCUCGCCUUUUGGAAAAAAGUCAAAGGAGAAAUCUGUUAUCCCACAAGAUGUGGUCUUCCCCAAGAAAGUGGUUUCUCCGAAACAAGUGGUCUCUCCAAAAAAAGUGAUUUCGCCAAAAAAGACGAUCUCUCCAAAGAAGGUGGUUUCUCCAAAGAAAAUUAGUGUCACUCCUAGGCAAAAUGGAACAUUAAUAAAUUCAUCUAAUCAUGAUUGUGAACAGAAUACAGUGAUUAACAGUCAGUAUCCUGUGCCUGAUACUAAUUCUGCUACAGACGUAAAACCCUUUGUUCAGAUACAUGUGAAUUCCAAUAUAAUAAUGUCCUUAUUGAAGGAUGAAAAAGAGAGUGAAGUGGAUGAUCAUACCACCUGCUCUACAUCGCACAGUGCAGCCUAUAAUCUUAGGCAAGUAACAAGAAAUGAUGCUGACCGAUCAACAAUUGAUUCGGGUAUACACCGUAUCCCUAAACCACUUAACAAAAGGAGACGGUCUACUAUUACAUCUAAACGAAGACAGAAAGGCUUACAGUUAUCUGAACAAGAACUGAAGGCACAUUUUGGGUGUAAAGAGUGUACAGUUCGUUUGGAGAGGUGCAAUAAGGUUACAAGUAAAAAAUCUCUUAUGGUCGAUGAGCUACAACAUCUUCCAAUACCAGAGGUCAAUGUAAAAAUAGAAAGAAACUUUGAAAAUGUUGAACAGAUUCCAAAAAAGGAUUUCACGCUAAAGAGAGUAGAAGUUUCAUUAGUGAGAGUGAAUGAUCUCAUAAAGGUUCCGGUUAACAAAUCGUUGUUGUGUCCAAAAGUGCCGAGUACACCUUGUGAUACGUUUGAAGUGAACGUUAGGGAAAAAUUGAAGUUGCAGUGCAAUGUUUGCAAGAAAUCAUUUUCUUUAAAGAAUAACUUGCGUAAACAUUUGAAAUUGUAUCAUGUGGCCUAUAUGUCAAGUAUAUGCAAAGCUCGGUACAGAUCCAAGAGUAAAUUAUUGAAACACUAUCUAAAUCAACAUGCUGUUUCGAAGCGGAAGGUGUGCUGUGUGUGUCUUACAAAACUGAAGUCACCAUUGCAACAGGUGCAACAUAUGUCUUUACAUUGCAUAAGAAUUAUACGAUCUAGGAAAGAUAAUUUGACUAUGAGUGGUGCAACCGAGUGUAAUCUACUUAAGAAAUCUAAUCGAUGUAAAGCUUGUGGCAAGCAUUUUUGGUUAAGUUCGUGCUUGAGUCAACAUCAAACAGUUUGCCGAAAAAUGAAGGAAGGGUAUACGAAAAUGAAAGGGAAUGUGGAGAAAGAUCAUGCACUUAUCGUGAAAACGUUUCCGUUUGUUUCGGCAAAGCAAGUACUUGACGGCACUACACACAUUGAAUAUGACCACCUGCCAGGAAUAAAGUAUCCAGCACCUGAAGUCAGUACACAGUUUCCCAAUAGCGCAUAUUCAGUUUCAAAUAUUUCUCACAACAGUCCUGCUUCUUCUGUCUCUGAAUCAAAAGUUCGGUCACGAUCAGUAGCAAAUCAUAAAAGUCUAUUGAAGGGUGUUGCAUUCGUGAAGGGAUACAACAUCGAUGCUACUGGCACAGAUAAAGAGAAGUUCCCCUGCACCGUUUGUGGUAUACAAUUUCACACAUUUCAAAAUUUGUGCUUACAUGAGCGCACGUUUUCCAAACCUGCCGUACAUGCCUGCGAAAUCUGCGGGACCGCUUUUACCACCAAUAGAAUGCUACAAGUUCACACAGUUGCAACUCACACUCUUUCCGAUGCUCAAGACUUCAAGUAUUUCUGCACAUUUUGUACCCAGGGCUUUUUCAACAAAACCAGCCUGCAAAUUCAUACAGGCCACUUCCAUGCUGGUCAAACACCUAUUAUUCCAAAACUAUGGUUGGAUUGUGAACGCGUUUGGGGCGUGAAUACGGUAUGUAAUGUAUGCAACCUGAUGUUCGAAUCCCUUGAUCGAUUCAUCGAGCAUAAGAUGUACUACUACGGAGGCCAAGCGUUUACUUGUACAUUUUGCAACAAGACGUUCCAGGGAAUGUAUUUGUUUAAUCAGCACAACAAAUUGGCACACUAUUCAGACGACAUGCGAAAAUUAUGCACUUACGUGUGUAAUAUCUGCAAUGAGGGUUUCAACAAGGAAUCACAUUUCCAUGCGCAUAAGUUACACGUUCAUUUAAACGAAGUGUCUUCACAAUUAGAUCACACAUACGCGAUACCGAGUACACCUAGUAUGCCAGUCAAUACGUCGGUCAUGUGGUAUACUUGUGACAUUUGCUACAUGAAUUUUUCACAAGACGAAGAUCUCCAGGCGCACAAAAUGGAGUUCUGCAAUGAUGGAGAGUAUCUGUGUAGUUAUUGUCCGAGGAUGUUCCCUACCAACACUAUUCUUAUGAAGCAUGAAAGAUUGACGCAUACUGCUGACAAUAUCAACGACUAUCAUAAAUGCCGCCACUGUAAAGAAGUACUGGUGUCAAGUGCGGCACUGAAGUGCCAUGAAAUGCAUUUUCACAAUAUGAUCUCUGAUCUUAAAUGUAGCAGUACUGAUCAGUUUCGUACACAUCAGAGUGCUUGUGGCGAAAACGUAGACAAAUCUGAUAACGGAGAGGGUAACUUUCGCUGUACAGUCUGUGGCAUGAGAUUUCAAAGUCGGGAAAAACUGAACUACCAUUUUCUGGAGUAUACCAAUGACGGUGCAUAUAGUUGCGAAAUUUGUUAUAGAAAGUUCCCGGAGUUGUAUCGCUUGGAGAUGCACAAACUCAAGCACUCCAAUUUAAACUUUAUUUUGUCUAAGCAUCACUGCCCUGUAUGUCGUGAGGGAUUCGCGAGCGUCGCGAAUGUUCGAGCGCACGUAUUACAUUUUCACGGUCACCUAAGUUCUAGUAUCUUUCCAUCUAAGCAACUUCGUUCAGAUGGUCAAUUGAAACGGAGACCAAUAAAAUGUUCUGAAUGCCACGCCAAAUUUUUGUCCGUAAGUACUUUAAAAAAGCAUAAACUGCGUUUCAUAAAUGACGGGAAGUAUAUUUGCGAAUACUGUGGUAGGAAAUUCGCUCGAAUUAACCUACUAAGGCAACACGUAAAAAAACAUACUAUUAACAGUCAGUUACUAAAGUAUCCGUGUACUGAAUGCGACGACAAAUUUCGAAAUGCGUUUCAACGGUAUCAGCAUAUUAUUCAUGUUCAUGGGAUGAAUAAACGGAAAAGUAAAGGCACCGACUUAAACACGAUUCAGUACGAUUUUCCCGCUCUUUAUGAACAAUUCAUCGGUGACGAAUACAAUCGGGUUUCAAUAGCAAAUUACUCAGCAGUUCAGAAUUCGAAUACAGGGCCCGCUGAGUCGUUAAAUCUCGCGAGUAAAUGCAAUGACGAACUAGAGAAAGCUGCAUCGACGGUAGUCAACUCGAUAAACAAAACAUCGAAUACUGUUGAACUGGUGGGGAUAGUUGAACAUUUGGAAGAAAAGCCGCUUUAUUACACCUGCCCCAUCUGUAGUUUCAAAUAUGCAACACUGAAGAUGUUCCAGUCACACUUCAAAAUGGCACAUAAGAGAAUGAUCGAGGGAACGAUCUCUGGUCUAUCAGACAAUACCACGAAGAACCGUUGUGAAAGCUGCAGAUCCACUUUCCCUAACUUCCCCUUCAGUCUUCGGAAAAUGAUUUUGAUGUGUUAUUUUGCUUCGGAAGUUGGUUAUGCCACGAUUGUAUCAGGGGAAGAGGUACCCAUAGCAGCGAGUAAUGUUGGCAAGCUCAAAGUUAAAGAAUUUGCAAAAAUGUGA